GUUGGAAAAUGGUUGUCUUUUGGAAGAAGCCGACUUACACCGACGAUUUCCUUAUUCAAAUACAGAAUCCAUCUGGCGAAAAAUUGAUACAGAUGUAAAUUGUAGAUUACCGUCUCAAACCAGUAAUAUUAAGCUGUCAAUUGGUGUUGUGCCAACUUUAGAUAUGUUAACGUCAAAUACUUCGUUUGAUGAUUCAAAUACAUGUUUGCACUAUCGAGUUGUUGGCAUUACUUAUCGUUUAGUAGAUUGUGGUGGAAUAAGAGUUUGCCUUCGACCACCUGGAAGAUUUCCUUAUUCUUCGCCUUCAUAUGGUGAAUUAGAUAACAGGGGACGUGAAAGACAUCCAAGUGGUUCAUCAUCAUCUACUUUUUCAACAAUUCGAUCUUCAUGGAAUUUAGGUUCAGAACCUAUAUUUCCUAAUGGUAUUUCAAAUAUAUCUGAAAUCGAUAAUGAACAUCUGCUGUCAAGUCCAUUGGGAAUGCAAUUUUCAUUGUUACCAUUUAUUAGAUUACAACCUGCAAUGCCACGAAUGUGUAUAUUUCCAGGUCGUAUUUGUAGUGCAUUUGACUUACAUGAAGCUAUUGAUAUGUUAAAAAAUGAAUCAACCAGUGAAUAUUCAUGUGAUCUUAUGAAACGAUUGCAUUCACUUGGACUGUCGAAAUUUCAUGUCCCUGAUCUAUCGAAAUGGUCUGAUCGUGUAGCUGCUGUG